GCGGACGAGCGGCCGAGACGACGAGGGUGUGAGAGGAUGGGGGAACGAGUAAACACGUAGACACGUGGACGACAGGGCGAGCGGACAACAUGGAGAAAGGCCCGGAUGGCGGGCGAGCCGCGAGAAGAUGGCGGGCGAGAAGACAGGCACCCACUCGCCAGGUCACCGUGUCCCCUCUCCCGUCCCGUUCCCGUGUACGCGCGCGGCGCGCCAGCACAUGCCCAUACUCGCCACCCCGCCGUUGCGUCCGUCCGCGAUCCGACUGUCAUAUUCGCGUGUGCUACGAUCAACAAGUACGAUAUCGAGAAGCUGGCGGGGAACGGCAGUGAAGCACCUCAGUACUGCGUGGCCAACGACGCUCCAGGGCUGGAGACCAGCGAGAGGACUUGGCGCGGGCGUUCAAGCUAUGCAAAGAGGCUUUCGGUAUCCUUUGUCCGUCGCUGCCAUCAACUUCGUGCGAGAGGUGGAUGCGCGGUGGCAGCUGCUCCUCUCCGCGUUCUACGACCUCUCGCGGUACCAAGUGCAGAUACUCGGCGAGGGCCCUAGGAUGACCACGAGGCGGGCUCGCCGCGCGCCAGCACGCUCGCACACGCGGACAUGCAGAAGCUCGCGCUAGGGAAGGAAGCCGUUAGGUAUGUGCGAGGAGCUUGCAGGCUUGGGCGGCGAGGGAGAGGAAGUAGAUGAGGAAGCUUUGCCAAUACGGUUGCAUCGGCGCGAAUGUUCAUUCACAUACAUGAACAGAUGAGGCUCUCGUGUACACUCCUACUACCUAGUCUAUAAUGACAU